UAAACUUGAGAUUCGGAUGCGCUUGGAAGGCGUGGUUUUAUCUCACUGACACGCGCCUAACAUUCUUUCAUUGAUAAUCCGUCGAGCGCACCAGCUAGUGCACGAGCAGCGCGUCAAUAGCGCACUAAUCCAACGCAAAAUGAUAUGAGACGGACGCGCAGGCACCAGGGAAGCCUUGGAGGGGACAAUAUCAGGCUUUCAGGAGGGAACCAAACUGAGUUUGGAAUAUUUUGACUUUGGAUUUUCAUCACACAAAGGCGUUCAACAUGGAAAAUGUACCAAACCCCAAAAGGACUGUUACUGUCCAGAUGAUGCCGCAGCUCGCCAAUAUAGAUGUGCUGGGAAAUAAGGAGUUAAAUGCUAACUGGGACAUUGAGCCAAAGUUAACCUUAAAUCAGGAUUGCUCCUCUGGCCAAAAAACUAAACCAGAUCAGGAUAAUAUGCACCUCAAGUCCUCCAUUAAAGAUUCCCACACCACUCUUCUUGGAGGAACUGUCCUUGAAGACAGAAACAUGUCAUCCCGUGACAGCGAAGAUCACAAGCAACCUCAAAAUAGUCACACAAACAUGAAGAUGACAGGUCAGUGUGCCAGGAACGCUGAAGGUAAAAAAACUGAACGUGACAUGAAUUCGAAUUUGAACACUGUCCUUUCAACAUCCGACCCAUCGUCUACAGCUAAAUGUAACCAGGAGAAAAAUGGCAAUAGCACAACAAAGACACUUGAAAACGAACAACAUGAGCCCAAAGCACAGAGCAAAGCAUCAGUAGUUGAAGGAACUAGUGCAAUCAAAGAGACACUACACAAUCAAAUGCCAAGCCAGGCUCUGGCUUCCCUUGAGAAGGAUUUCUCUCCCAGCACCAACAACACAGUCAAAGACAUGCCACUUUUAUCCCAACCAAAAGAUGCAAGUUGCACCACCAGCAGUAGCCCAUCUGAACUGGUAUCCUCCACCAAUGCUCCUAAAACCAGUCACUCUCAAGUUGCAACAACCGAAACCUCUCAGUCAGCACCUGGGACAAGUAUCAAGACCCCACAACCACACGAGAUCCAUCAUACACCCGCUAAAGAAGGCAAAUGUAGCGAUGAUUGCAUGAAGAAGGAUUUUAAAGUGGAGUCUUCAACUAGCAACGCUAGUCACACGGAAGCGAUCGAUGAAGAAGUCCAAACGCAAGGAGCUUCUCCUGAAGAGCAGAAGUCAGUCCACUGCAAACUCUAUCGAGAGGCAUCUACCAUGACUUCAGCCGUCGAGUUUAACCGGCCAAGCAUGCAACGGCAUGACGCAGAAGUCCAGGCGGUGGCUACGGUCUGCAGUCAAUCUACAGCCACUAGCCCAAGUCUUCUAUCUUUACAACCCCAUCAGGGAUCAGCUGGCCUGCUACCCGAGGAGACUGACAGCAUAGCAGUGGUCGUGGAGGUGAAAACCACCUCACAGAUUGAUUGCAACACACCAUCUGUUGUUACAUCCAGUACAAAGCCUCCGCAGUCUGGCACAGUGAUGGUGCACGUAGAUGCUGACCUUCAGGAAGAGUCCAAGCUUGGGGCCAAGCCUAAAGAGCCUCUGCACAACAGCCAAAGAGGAUUUUCGCCGCUUCAACCCGUCUAUCAGAUCAAUAUUGAGACCUGCAGCCAAACCAAACAAUCGAACGAGACUACCUGUCACCUUCAGAGCCAAGGUUCACCUGCAUCCGGUCCUGAUAAUGUGGCCUGUGUGCAGGAACCUGUCGCAGCAUCUGAUCAGCACCUCCAAGAAAAAUCGGCCAAGCCUCCAGCAUCCAAAUCCGAGAAGCCUAAGGAGGCAGGAUCUGCAAAACCACCAAAGGAUAUAACAACGGCUACUCCUCCAACAUCAAGCUCCACGCCACAGAGCAAAAAGACAAACCGGCAAAAGCAGGCAGCAUCCAAGCUGGAGACUGAGAAAGAUGAGCAAGAGGCCAAACAGUCGAAGAAGAGCGUGCAUGACGUCGUGUGGGAUGAGCAGGGUAUGACGUGGGAGGUAUAUGGAGCAUCAGUAGAUCCCGAGUCGCUAGGUUUUGCCAUUCAGAGUCACCUGCAAUGCAAAAUCAAGGAGCAUGAGAAGAAGAUCAUCGCUCAGACGGUCCUCAGAAAAUCCUUGUCUUCGCCUCCCGGCAAGAAAAACAAGAGAAGGCAGGUUAACAUCAACUUCAGGUCCAUGUUUCAAAAUGUUCGCCGACCCAAUUGUUGCGCACGGCCGUCAGUGCUAGAGUGAAAGACUGCGCAAAAGCAUGUUGGGAGAUUUCUCUCGUUUGAUUAUUGAGGAGUUUGUUAAACAUAGAAACUAAUGGUGAUUUGAUUGUCAUGUGGAGAACAGUAAUAUUCAAGAAAAUAUUUUUAGAAAAAGAUGAAAUUAUUUAUGGUGAUAGUAAAGCUAUAAUGAUGUUUAGAGUGCAAAGGCAAUAAUUGUAAUUAAUAUAUUAACGGUAAUGAUAAUAUGUAGUAAUCUGCAUGUGUAUUAGUUCAGAAUGGCAGUCUUCUAACUACCCAAGAUUAUGCACUGUACUGACGAGCAGAUGUAUGCAUAUAACCUUUUUAACGGAUUUGUUUAGCUGAAAUAUCUUUGUAAACUUUCCAAGUAGUAGAUAUUCCUUUUGCAUAAUUUUAUUUGUAACAUAAUGUUGAUUUAUUGUGAAUAUCGAAACUUUUUUAAUUUGAUUUAGAGUUUCCCGAUGCUUGUUGCCAUACUUGGUGUAAACUGAGCCCGUUUCUGUUUAAGAAUCCAGCAGUGAUGUUACUAUGAUUUUAUAUUAAAAUGAGAGAAAAAAAAGUUACUGUGUUUACAGCAA